CUCAAUCCGGAGCAUCAAAAACGGCCGAUAAACUUUUGCGUUGAAUCGCACAACUACGAUAACCUCACCGCUUUAUUGAGCGAUCCCGGUGUAAAUGUCGAUGCAAAAUACUCUACUUUAACUCCGAUUAACUAUCUCGCCGAACAAAUAUCCGAUGCAAAUUUCAGUACUGUAUACCGUUGCAUGAAAUUAUUACUGAAGCAUUUUGCUGAUUUAAAUAUUGGUAACAGGCGUGAAAUGACACCAAUUCUCACCAUUUUAAAGAAUAAACACUUGAGUGCACCGAAUAAAGAGCUGAUCGUGACGUAUUUGCUUGAAAAUGGUGAUGUUGACAUCGACACACCACGCAAAGGUGAAGCACGAACUACGCUUACAAAAUUGAUGCCAGACUUGGACUUACCACCGAUUCGUGAUCAAAGUAUUGCGCAAAGUUUUGAUUUCAAUCGACUGAUGGUGAGCCUUCUCAAUGAAAAUGAAACGGAAUUUUUGCAAGGACUUAAUUUCAUCGCCGAAUAUAAACCAGAUCAGCUACCCGAACUAUUUCAUGCAAUUGAUAACAACGAAACGCUCAUGAUAUUGGCUUGCAAAAAAGGUUUGACAUCGGCAGUGGAGCGAAUGUUACGUCUGGGCGCCGAUGUUAAUCUACCGGUAGACACUCCAUAUGAUCCAUUAAAUCCAAUUAAAUCCGCUUGCCACUUUGGCCAUUGGAAGGUCCUGGAGGUGUUGACGAAAUCACCAAAAUUAAAUUUAAACCAAUCGGGUGCCUUGCUGUCUAUCGUUGUACAGAACAUCGGCGAACGUGUAACACAAAAAUGCAACUAUACAAAGUGUUUUGAAAUACUGUUAAAUCACCCGAAUAUCGAUAUCAAUCAAACCGACAUCAACGAUUGUUCUGCACUUCAUUAUGCCGUUAAAUACAAUAAUGCAGAUGCUAUUUUGGAAUUAUUGCGACGUGGCGCCUACAUUGGUGUGAAAAAUAAAUUCAAUCGCUUUACUAUUUCAAGCAUCAACCCAAAAGUGCUUGAAAAACACUUUGACAAUUGCAUCACCACCAAUCAAGCACGACCGGGAGACGACAAUUUUGCCAUUCAAUUUGAUUACACCAAUCUGGUUCCGAUUGAAACGCGCGAAACUUUACGCGAAACAUCAACCGAUGAAUGUAAAAAAGUGAUGGACGUGUGCCCAGACGAAAUGGAACCCAUCGAAUAUAUCGCUGAUUCAACAGAGCUUCGUCACCUAAUCAGACACCCGUUGAUAUGUUCGUUCUUGUAUUUGAAAUGGAAUCGUUUGGCAUUCUUUUUCUAUGUGAAUUUUUUGCUGUGUGCAUUGUUCGCCAUAAGCACAGUUUCGUAUAUUUUGGUGUGUUAUAACGAAGAACCCAGUUCGUAUGAAUUAAAACAUUUGAUGCGGAGCGUGACCAUCGUGCUGACUGUUUAUAUUACGCUACGAGAAAUAUCACAGUUUAUAUUUGCGCCGCGUAGUUAUUUAAAAGGAUUAGAAAACUAUCUCGAAUGUACUUUAAUUGUGCUGGUGGUGUUGAUUUUGUUUGAUCUUUGCGUUGAAGAAUGGCGUCGAACAGUUGCCGCAUCAUCGAUUCUAUUGAUAGCCAUCGAAAUAUUCUUACUGGCCGGUUCGCUACCAUUUUGGUCGUUUAGCACACACUACGUCAUGUUAAAGACGGUUACAUGCAGCUUCUUAAAGGGUUUAUCGUUGUAUGCCAUCAUGUUAGUUGCAUUUUCAUUGUCAUUCUUCACAUUAUUGCGCGAAAAAGUCGAUACCCAUAAGCCACAACCAAAUACGAAAGUUGUACAAGAAGAAGAAGAAGAAGAUGGAAAAUUGAAUAAAUUUGACUCACUUGGACUUUCAAUCGUGAAAACCCUCGUUAUGUCGACCGGGGAAUUCGAUGCAGCUAGCAUUAAUUUUGAUAAUAGCCCAUGGAGCUAUUUCGUAUUCAUUGCAUUUCUUUUUAUCAUUUCAACGGUUCUCCUUAAUUUAUUAAACGGUUUAGCCGUUAACGAUACUCAAGCCAUUAAAGCAGAUGCCGAAUUAACCAACUACAUCCGCCGAGUUCAAGUUCUUUCGCGGUAUGAAAAGGCAUUGAUGGAUAGUAACAAUUUUUUCAGUUUUUCUCCACUCAUGAAGUACUUUGCUCGUGCCACAAUCAGUAUUUUCAAAGAAUUAAAACCGUCGUUUCAAAUUCAUGUUAAGCCGAAUACAAAUUGUGAGAUCUCGGUUCCUGUUCAACUUGAAUAUACAAAGAAAACAGACGCCGUCGAAACCGAUUUCGAGCCCGUAAAGUGUAGCACUUGUUUUUCAUUCAUCGGAAAUUGCUCGCGAAUGGAUAAGAAAAUAAUGAAACUCGCAUGUUCUGUACUGGAAAAGGUUCGAAUGGAAAAGUAUGAGGAUAACGAAAAGGAUCUUCUUAAGGAUCGCAUCAAUAAAAUUGAAAUUUCACUUGAAAAUAUUUCAAAUAAGUUGAAUACUCUUUUAAAUAAAAAAUAAAAAUGAUACACAAUUGUUUUAAAAAUUCAGAUA